GACCUGCAGGCAACUUUGCUGCCCACUCAUGGGAAACCUCACUUCAGGAGAUUCUAUGCCUAGAAACAAUCAACUCUAAAAUGUCUUCUCAAUUAACCAGAAACUCAAUCCAAUUCUGUGCUGAUUAGGAAAACCUGCAAAGCAAUCUGGAUAAGCCAGAAAAGUCAGUGCCCCAAUUAAGUUUGCCAGUGUGAUAACAAAAAUCUAAUUGGGACUUAAGUGUGUACGUUAUAAAGGUUAAGGCAGUGCAUCAAGGGCAUGGUGGCUGUGUUGUACACAAAGGUACUGUGUUAACACUGAAAAGUAGCUUUCAAUACCUCUUAAACAAUGCUUUUUGUUUUUCUUCUUAGAUCAAUGUUCGAGUUGUUACUAUGGAUGCAGAGCUGGAGUUUGCCAUCCAGCCAAAUACUACAGGCAAACAGCUUUUUGACCAGGUGGUUAAAACAAUAGGUUUGCGAGAAGUAUGGUACUUUGGUCUUCAGUAUGUGGACAACAAAGGCUUCCAGACUUGGCUGAAGCUAGAUAAAAAGGUUUCUGCUCAGGAAAUCAGAAAGGAGAACCCCCUCCAGUUCAGGUUCCGUGCCAAGUUCUUCCCAGAGGAUGUGGCCGACGAGCUGAUCCAGGACAUCACGCAGAAGCUCUUCUUUCUGCAGGUGAAGGAAGGGAUCCUCAGCGAUGAGAUCUACUGUCCCCCUGAAACAGCAGUUCUCCUUGGCUCCUAUGCUGUGCAGGCCAAAUUUGGAGACUACAGCAAAGAUGUGCACAAGCCUGGAUACCUUAGUUCAGAGCGUCUGAUCCCCCAAAGGGUGAUGGACCAGCACAAACUCUCCAGAGAGCAGUGGGAAGAGAGGAUCCAAGUUUGGCAUGCUGAACCCAGUGGCAUGCUCAAAGAGAAUGCCAUGCUGGAAUACCUGAAGAUUGCCCAAGACCUGGAGAUGUAUGGAAUCAACUACUUUGAAAUCAAGAAUAAGAAAGGAACUGACCUCUGGCUGGGGGUUGAUGCCCUGGGGCUCAACGUCUAUGAAAAGGAUGACAAGUUGACACCAAAGAUUGGUUUCCCCUGGAGCGAAAUCAGAAACAUCUCUUUCAAUGACAAGAAGUUUGUUAUAAAACCUAUUGACAAGAAGGCACCUGAUUUUGUGUUUUAUGCCCCUCGUCUGAGAAUAAACAAGAGGAUCCUGCAGCUCUGCAUGGGCAACCAUGAGCUGUAUAUGCGGCGCAGGAAGCCUGACACCAUUGAGGUGCAACAGAUGAAAGCCCAGGCCCAGGAGGAGAAGCACCAGAAACAAAUGGAAAGGCAACAGCUAGAAAAUGAAAAGAAGAAAAGGGAGACAAUUGAGAAGGAGAAAGAGCAAAUGCUAAGGGAGAAGGAGGAGCUCCUGUUGAGGCUACAAGAGUAUGAGGUGAAGACUCAGAAAGCAGAGAAAGAGCUCUCAGAUCAGAUCCAAAGAGCUAUUCAGCUGGAGGAGGAGAGGAGACGAGCCCAGGAGGAAGCAGAACGUUUGGAAGCUGAUCGUUUGGCUGCUCUCCAAGCCAAGGAAGAGCUGGAGAGACAAGCUAUUGACCAGAUAAAGAGCCAGGAACAGCUGGCUACAGAGCUCGCAGAGUAUACGGCUAAGAUUGCACUCCUUGAAGAGGCAAGGAAGCGUAAAGAGAGUGAGGUUGAAGAGUGGCAACUCAGAGCAAGGAAGCGUAAAGAGAGUGAGGUUGAAGAGUGGCAACUCAGAGCUAAGGAAGCCCAGGAUGAUCUGGUAAAGACAAAGGAGGAGCUACACUUGGUAAUGACUGCUCCACCUCCACCACCGCCGCCCAUCUAUGAGCCUGUGAACUACCAUGUCCAUGAUAACUUGCAAGAUGAAGGCUCUGAGUACUCUGCCUACAGUGCGGAGUUCUCCAGUGAGGGGAUCAGGGAUGACCGCAAUGAGGAGAAACGUAUUACUGAAGCAGAGAAAAAUGAACGUGUACAAAGGCAAUUGAGGACGCUGACAGAUGAGCUGGCCCAGGCUAGAGAUGAAAACAAGAGGACCCACAAUGAUAUUAUCCACUCAGAGAACAUGCGACAGGGACGUGACAAGUACAAGACACUGCGGCAGAUUCGGCAAGGCAACACCAAGCAGAGAAUUGAUGAGUUCGAGGCAAUGUAAUGAUUCUUACAACAAGAAGGCAGGACUGUGGGAAAGGCAGAUCUUAACACUGUGUUCUUGUUUUGGGGAGGUGUGUUUUGUGGUUUUCUGUUUUGUUUUUUGUUUUUCUCGAGGAGGGGUCACUGUAUGACAUAUUUAUCAAAUGUUCUCUAAACCCAGAGGUGUUUGAAUCGCCCCUUUAUCCCCUACCAUCUACUAAAUUUGGUAUGGUUAAAAAGUCUUACCAUGGAUCCUGGUAACCCUUGCUUAGUGCCAAAAGGCCUUAAGUCAUAUCGUUCUUUAAGCAAGACAAAGUCUAACAGGCCAUGCUUCUAGUGGAAGAUGUGUGUCCUGUGGCAGGUGCUGGAUUCAACUUGGUCUAAAAAUAAGCAAUUGUGGAUGAUUUUUGUGCCAUAUGUCUUUGUAUUUUUUUAGUUACAACAUGAAGUCUAACUGUUGAGAAGAGAAUGUAGAACUCAGGAUCUGCAAGCACCUGUGUGUGUGUGUGCACAUACAUACACUGUUUUUUCUUUUUUUCUUCCCUUCCUCCCCCAAAAGAGAACUGACAACACCUGAGAACUAGUUCACUUAGAAAUGAGACUUUUUGGUUGCUCCUCUCAGUUGGAGAGAUUUUGUAGUGAUGGUUCAGAAAUGUGGCAUAGGAAAACACUCUUUGGUACCCUCCUUGUGUAACAACUAGGCAAAUACUUUUUUGGAAUCUAAUACACUAUAGUGUUUACGUUCCAGCUUCAUUACUGACCAGCUGUAGUGUAGUAUUUAUAUACAUUCUAUAAACAGGCAAUACAUGGAUUGCAAUACUAGUUUAAAAGGGAAAUAAAAGUUUUGCUCUGUAUAUUUUGUUACUUUUCAGAUUUUUACAGAUGCAAGUCUUACGAAAUGCCUAAACAACACUAUAGUCUGAUGUACUGCAAAAGCAGUGCAACUGAUUAUUUGCUAUAAAGCAUUAUUGUAAAGAUCGUUUUUGUACUUAAUGAAAAUUGUGAUAUGUACACAUGAUCCAAUAUAUACAAUUUUACUGCACCUAUUUUUCUAACAAAUUUUCUAAUUUUUUUAAAUGUUUGAUUUAAAGUUUCAGACUCCAAACAUGAAGGGACUGUUUGUUUAUAUCACAGUUGUAUUCUCUCUAUUAGAGAGCAUUUCUGUGAUCACUCCUUCCCCAAUAAUAUUCCUCUUUCUUUGAAAAUCUGUUAGAAAGUAAGAUACAGUAUGUUGUCAGCUCUUCCAUUUACAACAUCUAUGCUGCUUUGUACUUGAGCUAAAUCUUAUUGUGUGUUUUUUUUUAUUUGCAGCAGCAAACAUCUAAAUAAAAGAUCUGCAAGGUAACAAAGGACUUGGAGUUGAA